AUGACCAAUCCGUCCUACUCUCAUCAUUACCUACCUCUCCUGCUGCCGUCGUCGUCAUCCGCAUCCUUCUGGAAUCCAGCAUCUGAUCACGGCAUGUACAGCUUGGAAGCCCCAUCGUCCCCCUUGCCCAAUAUCCAGAAACCAGAAUCUACCUUGGCUGAACAAGAACAAGGUCUUAAACGCAAUUCAGAGCCACCAUUACCACCGCCUUCAGCGCGUUUUUCUGGAGAACCCAUUCAACAAAUUCCGAUCCGAUCGGAACCUGCAUCGCCCGUACAAGCACCUCCAUCUGCAUUUACAGAAGCCAAUGCAGACACGAUCGUCAAUACGUUGGGAAUGGCGCUCAUCAAUAUCCAGCCGCAAGUCAAGAAACGGUUGAUGAUGAAAAGGCAGGAAAACGGCGCACCUCACAUCCCCAACGAAGCGCUGUAUUCCCUUUUACAACGUCCUGAUGAAAAAGAACCGCCUCAUGUCGACCCAUCUUCGCCCCAGCAACUCGAACGCAUUAUUGACGUGUACUGCCUCAUGACCAGUUUUAUGACAAUCUAUCUCCUCUUUAUCGAGAUACUGCUGCAAGAUCUUAUGGAUGGUCAUGCCCACACAUUUGAAGGUUACAUGCAACUCUUUUCCGUGCAAGACGAUGUGUUUUACCACCAAGACGAUAUGUUUAUCUGGUACUACUUGUACGCACGAAAGGAGACAUCCAUCCUCCAUGAUAUUCGUACCAGCAUUCGUAAAACCGGGAUUCAGUUUCGGUCGCUGACGCUUGUCGACACCAUCUUUUCCCGCUUUUAUACCCAUCAUUUUCUGGAAUUGGCCGCUCAGAAACAUCAAAAAGACCAUGGCCAGUUUUAUACGCCGCAAAGUGUCGUCCAAUUCAUGUGGAAUCGGUGCCUCGAUAAGCAGCAAUUGAUGCAAAGUGCAAGUGCUGGUCACGUGCCACGGGUCUUUGAUCCAUGCAUGGGCAUCGGCUCCUUCCUGUGCGAAUUUCUUGCACGACAGGUCGAAAGCUGCAGCGUGAUCUGGAAUCAUGCCGAUGUAUUGCUACGCUUACUGACCACUGUGAUACCCCAGCAUGUUUGGGCAGUAGAAAUCGAUCCGUUUGCUCAUCAUCUCGGUAAACUGAACGUCAUGGUCCAUCUCUUUCCAUUCUACCGACGUCUCAUUGAACUCAAGACACCUCUUACUCAGCGCAUGAUUGAUCGAUUACGUCUUUUUCGCAACGAUACCUUGAAACUCGAUACCACACUUCCAAAUAUGGAUGCCUGGGAACAGCAUCAGCUCCACCGUUUACGCGACGCGACCGAAUUGAAGUUCGAUUACAUCGUAACCAAUCCUCCCUACAUGAUUCGCAAGACAGGCUUUAUCACCGUCCCUGACGCCGCCUUGUACGAUGAACGUGUGUUGGGUGGACGAGGCACACAAGCCUACCUGUAUUUCAUGUGGAUUUGUCUUCAACGGAUCGACGAUCACCAUGGUCAGUUAUGUCUGAUUACGCCCAGUCAAUGGAUGGUACUAGAAUUUGCUGAACAUCUCAGGCUUUGGAUCUGGAAGCAUUGUAAACUCUUGGAAGUUUUCCAGUUCGAGCCAUACAAAGUGUGGCGCAAAGUGCAGACCGACUCGCUCAUCUUUUUACUCUGCAAACGAUCGUUUAUACCACGACAAGGACACACCAAUACGCACGCAACAUUAUUCUUGCGUCACUUAUCGCGUCGAAUAGGGUUGGAAGCCAUCUUGCACUCGUAUGAAGCAUUUGAUCGUCUCAUUCCUUACACCCAGGACCCAUCGAUCGCCUCCAAGAUUGUACCGACGGAUCCACUCGAUCGGAUUCAUGAGUCACCCCACGCUUCGUUUGCUUUUUUGUAUCCAUCCACUUCCGUUUCCGAUCAACUGAUGAAGUCCACAGCUCACUUUCCGCGUCUCUGCGAUGGCGAAUCACGACUUUCCGAUGUAGCUUCUACCCACAUCCCGCUUAUCUGGAACCGUGGUCCCAAUACCAACCCUGUCUAUGCACUCGUUGUUCGAACAAGCUGGGCUAUUCGAACUUUUGGUCAGGCUUGCUGCGAUCGUUGGUUACGACCCGUCUUUUACUGGAAUGGCAAAUCGUCAGCAAGGACGGGAAAAGAAACAUCCGUGAGCAAAGAAGUGGCGUUUUGGCAUAACCGUGACUCGGGUCGUCUCACAAAAAAGGAGAAUUCGCCUGCAGAAGCGUACGCUCCCUUUUGUCGCAAGGAUCCAGAAGCGGGCGAUUCUUUUUUCUCCUUCUACUCAUUGAUCCUCGUGGAUAAAGAAGGAGCCGAAGAACUGGAAACCGAUCAGCGGACCUUGGGUGAAAAGGCCACAACCUGUGCUUUGUAUCACUAUCUGAAGGAAGCACGUCAAGCCCUUCAGCCGACGAAAAACGACCGUACGCUAGCUUGGUGCCAUUACAACAAAUGCGGCCUUCAGAUUCCGGUCAAAAUCGUCCACCCCAUCAAUUUUGGCUACUUCAGUCGAACUCAACCGCGACAGCGAUUCUUUGUCGACCGCACCUCCCAAUGUGUCACCAACCAAUGCAUCUAUUUCACGAUCAAGCCCGACAGUCCGUGGCAAUCGGCUGAUUAUUUUUGCGGCCUACUGAACUCGAGCACCAUCCAGUAUUUUAUUCGCGCUCACUGUUAUUACGAUCAGCAAGGUCGAACCCGAUUCUUUGGAAAAAACAUGUCCAAAAUCCCAUUUGCUCCUCCGAUCCACGCCGAUGAUGUGGAUACGAUGGCCGCGUUUGUCCAGGAUCUUACCGUGACACGCUUAUGGAUCUACGAAAUCAUUGAAAAAACACGGUUACGGACGGUCAUGGACAAGGUGCGUAACUGCAUGUGGGAUAUUUCGACGACCGACCAAAUGCUACUGAAAGAAUAUGAGAAACACCAAGGUGGAGAUUGGUGGUGGGAUCGCGAUCCACACUCGGAUCAUUGGGUCGAUGCGAAGAUACGGAGCAUGCGACCACGAAGUAUCACUCUGUGCGUUCUUUUGACGCGACUGCUGAUGAUGGCUUCCUUACUGCAAUGUUGCAUCGACCAUCUCACCUAUUUCAUGUACGGUAUUCCACCCCAGUUUCAAAAGGAGCUUGAGCUGGAACUUGAGCUCUCAUUGACGGAAACAUGGUAUACCCUACUUGGUGACGAUGUCUACCUCUUGGAAAAAGAUCGUGAAAAAUGGCAGCAGAAAAUGACUUUCCUUCUACGGUCUCUGUGCACGGAUGGCCAUUGUGGGGCGUCUUUUGCGACUACAACUUUUGAACCAUCAUAA